AUGCUCAAAACCGCAAUCAUCCUCCUCAGCGUCGCCGUCUCGGCGACGGCAUCAUCAUCAUCAUCAUCACCCUCGCCAGGAGGAACCGUCCACCCCCUCCUCCCUCGAAACCAAGAAUCCCAACCCCUCGCCGCCGACUUCUGCGACAAGGGCCAGAAACGCUGCUUCUGGGGCUGCAUCGACGACCACGACCAGUGCUGCUUCGACAUCAACCGCGACGAGCCCUGGUCCUGUCCCGAAGAGGACACCUGCGGCGGCGCCCCCCGGUUCGGGUGCUACAGGCCGCCCGCCGCCGCCACUACCACGACGUCUUCGCCGCCGCCCGCGAGGACGUCUCGGUACCCACGACCCGGCGAGCCGGGCUUCAACCCGACCUUCACCGUCUCCGACCACUUCGACCCGCCCAGGACAACGACCAAGAACGCCGAGAGGCCCGGCUCGACGCAGGUCGUCGCCGAGUCCUCGUCCCCGGGAGUGCUGUCCACCCGCGAUACUUGCUUCUUCGGGGCGGGAUCGGUGGCCGUGGCAGCGGCGGCGGAAGAUGUCACGGGGUCUAGUUCCGAUUUGUUCGGGGGUUGCCCCCCUGCGCUGACGUCCGUUACGAACGAGGUUGGCGGCUCGGGGCUGGUUGUGAGAGCCCGGUCUUGGGUUGUCGUUACGAUGGUGGGGGUUUUGGGGUUGCUGUUGGCGGGUGGGCUGGCCUGA